AAUUUAAGCCUAAAAAUAUUGAUGAUACUUACAGGAAGUAAUGUUCAAAGCAAGGAUAUGCCAGAUGAAAAACUUAAGAUGUUCCUGCGUGUGUUCUCCAGUAUAAAGCAACGUGUAAUUUGGAAAUUUGAGAACGAAUCCAUUCCUGAUCUACCUAAAAAUGUAUUAAUAAGGAAAUGGUUGCCACAAAGUGAUAUACUAGCACAUCCAAAUACUAAGCUAUUCAUAACACAUGGAGGUCUCUUUAGCACACAAGAAGGAGUGCACCAUGCUGUACCAAUGCUGGGAAUUCCAUUCUAUUGUGAUCAGCAUCUUAAUAUGAAUAAAGCUGUUAAGAAUGGAUAUGCUAUAAGUCUUCACUUUCAAUCAAUUAAUGGGGACAUAUUGAGAGGUACUAUAAUCAAGUUGCUAACAGAGAGUACGUACAGGGAGAAUAUAGAACGCAUAUCAGCAAUAUUUCAUGAUCGGCCAACACAUGCACGUGAUACCGCUAUGUAUUGGAUCGAAUAUGUGAUCAGAUAUAAGGGUGCCUCGCAUAUGCGAUCGGCAGGUCUGGAUCUCAAAUGGUAUCAAUACUAUUUACUGGAUGUGAUUGGUUUUGUUUUGGCAAUGAUAAUUUUAGCUGUGAUAUUGGUAGUUAUAUUAAUACGUCUAAUGCUAAAACGUAUUUGGCGUGCGCCACGAGUACCAAAACCAAAAACUAAUUAAUUAUAAGUAAAUUUGUAAUACUAAAUUAUGUUUAUAAGUAUAUUUUAUAGAGAUAUGUCAUAUUAUCAAAAAAUUGAGGAAGAUAUUAUUGUGACGAAGUGUAUGUGAUAAAUAUUUUAAUUAAACAAAUUUGUAUUGUAUAAAUAUUUUUGCUAAUGAGUGUUAAAUAAAUUG